AUGACAGGAGGAAAAGAUGAAGAACACUUGAUAAGUCCUGUAUUUCCUAGGUUUCAUGUCAAUGAUACAGACAAAGGAGGGCCAAGAGCACCUCCAAGGAACAAGAUGGCUCUCUAUGAGCAGUUCAGCAUCCCUUCUCAGAGUUUUACCUCUGGUUCAGCAUCCAUGUUGCCUCUUCCACACAAUGACAGAAGAUUGGUUCCACCCACAUCCUGGAGUGAUGUUAGCAGCAACGAAAGGAAUAUAUUGACCCCGCCUUGCAACUUCCUUGUUGUGCCUUCAGACCCAGCUGAGAAGAUUCAGUCUUAUGAUCCUACUGGGGCUAACUUAAACACCAUGAUGGCAGAUUGUGAAAGGAUAUCCACCAAACCUUCAAAUUAUUUGAAUACCACAGGGCCAUCAUCAUCAGCAGCUAAAUAUGAUUCGUUUCAAAAAAAAAAACCCCCUACUUUAGGAACUUUUCUUUGGAGAAGUAUGGAAAUGAGGAUUAUCUUAAAGUCCCUUCCCCUUUCCAAGGAACAGCUCUGCAAUGUAGAAACAGUCAGCAAAGCAAAGAGAAGGAAAAGCUGCCUUGCUUGA